GCUUCGAGAAAUGGUGAAGAAGUCUUGUCUCCAUUGAAAGAUGUUUUCUUUGAAAGGGGAUAUAAAGAUGUGAAAAGUGAAGUGGUCUACAGUAUAGGCUUGAUUGGAAGUCUUAUGGGACAAGAUUCACACAGAUAUUUCAACUGGCUGUUUGGGCAAGUGAACAGUAUGAUAGAAGAUGAUGUUAGGGCACUGUUUCUUGAGGCCCUGUUAGAGACAUUGAAAUGUGAUGAGAAGAAGCAGGUGACUGCAGAAUUUACUCCUCUGGUGCUGAAUCACCUACAGACGUUGCUAGAGAAUGCUGAUACCCCAGAGCUACUCAUGUCAGUGGUCACUGUAAUACUGCAGGUCACUAAAGUCUAUCCACUCAUCUUCCAGGACUACUUUAGGGACACAGUUGACAUUUUGGUUGGCUGGCACAUUGACUCCACACAGCGUAAUGGAGUGAUUGAUUUCACAUCGAGGGCCCUCAUUUCAUUUAAACAGUUUUGGGUGUCAGAUCAAUCAUUCACACAAGAACUUCUGGGACAGUUCUUAGAGGAUAUGGAGGCAUAUGCAGAGGAUCUUAACAUAGUGCUACAAGACAAGCAUGCUAAGUUAAGAGUAGAUAUUCCGGAUGAAGUGGUGAAGAUUGGUUCCUUGUUGAAAGUUUUCUCUACUGUUAUUAAAAGUCUUGGAGAAGAGUUUGAUCCACACAAGUCCAGAUUGAUGUCCAUGCACUACUUUUUGGAAGUAUUUGAGAAGACAAUUCAGGCAAUAGAUACAUCCAUGAAAUGUUAUUUUUCUGAGUAUGUGGUUAUCACUGCCAAUGAGUGUUUGUUCUUGUUACUGAACUUGGUAAAGCAGGAUGUUAUAUCAUGCCAGGAGACUUUGUUCAGUUAUGUUUCUACAGUUAUGUUUCCUGCAUAUAGGGUUAGAAACAGAUACAUUGGCCUGGCUAUGAAACUCAUGAAAAAGGUGAUUGAGAUAUUUGGUACCCAGCUUCCAGUGCAGUGGUUGUCUAAUAUACUUAAGUCUGAGUCCCUGCUUCAUACAUGUAAAACUUCUAUAUCUCCCGAGAUAUUGAAGGACCUGGCAUCAGUGUACCAGAGUCUGCUUGGCUUGAAAAGCAUUCCUUUGUUAGAAGAGACUUACAGACAUUUAUUGGGAGAUAUACAAUGUGGAUUCAACACGCUACUUGAGAGCAGUGGAGAUGAAAAUCUGAUAGACGUGAUUCCGAAUAACCCCUACAGCAGUGUUGUGUAUACUAAACGUGAAGCUGAAUCUACAUGUGUAUUCUGUCUGUGUGUGCUCGGAGAGAUUGGCAACACAAAGAAUAAUCUCAUUGGAAUGUGGGCCUUAUCACCAAGCCUGUUUGACUUGUACUGUAAGCAUCUAGAUGUGGUCCGAGCUUCAAUAAGCAUACAGUACCCAGCCUUGCAGUAUGCCAUCUUACAGUCUCUGUACUCCCAUGCAACCAGACAUGGAAAUUUUAUUUCCACAAGUGCCCUUUUUACCCAGAAUACACCUCUGGAAGGAGCGCUACUAGCUAAUGUUAAUCCUACAACAAGCUCCAACUUUACAAGGCUUCUCAAGAUGCUGGCAGACCUCUGUACACAUUCUAAUACUGCCUUUGACUGCAAACUACUUGCUUUGAAAUGGAUAUCUGAGAUAAUAUCUAGUCUUCACACCAGUCAGCAUGUGUACACCACUCGACAGUUCCUGACCCUAGUUCAAGCCCUGUACCAUCUGGGAUAUGACCAAGAAGAGGAAGUUGGCGCUGCUGUGCAGUCCUGUCUGGCCAGUCUUUUCAAAAAUCCAAAAGCAUACCCAAAGUACAUUGUAAAGGGAUGUGUGAAGCUGUGUAUGUACAGACUGUCAGAGGGCAGCAGUAAACUAACAGAAGAUUACUUCUCUUUGUUGUGUCUGUUGCCUAUUAAUGUAUCUGCUAGUAAAAACAAUGGCCUGUACAUGCUGGAUGAAGAUAUGCAGUUAGUGUACAAUGAUUUGACUGUGGGAUUGCCUGCUGUGUGGCAGGUGUGCCAGAACUACUCUACCAGGGUACCACUGGGCUCAUUUCAUUCUCACAACUUCAGACAGGUCCUAGGUUACCUCUUACAUAACAAUCACGUCAAACAGACUGGUUCUCUGGCAUGGUUAGAAUCUAUGUAUUAUUCAGCGCAGAGGGUAAACAGUAAACCAGACUGGAAGAUAGCUGAUGGACUGUUCAUGCAGAACUAUAUAUCAAGAAAUACAUGUGUUCAGUGGUUUUGGGCUACGUGGGAAGCCUCCCAGUUCUGUAUUCUGACUAGACUGAAGACGCCCCUCGGGAAGCCACAGGAGACAUUCAUGUCUAUAGAGGCUGUACUGAAAUCACUUGCAAUGGAAGUUGAUAACCAACACACAGAGGAGGAGGGAGAAGCAAAGAGAAGCAAGAAAUUUGAGGGUGAGGAUAAAGCCCUUAGGGUGAAGUUGUUACUACAGUUCAUGGAACAUCUAGAGAAACAAUUGUAUAACGCAUAUGAAGGGGCUGCUGUCUCUAUGCCUGUAUUGCCAAAGGCUGUACGUACAUUUUUCCGUACAAACAAGAACACUUGUCAAGAGUGGUUGACACGUAUACGUAUAUUUCUGCUGAAGAUAUCACUGCACUCUGGUAUGUACACAUCAGUGGUGAGACAUGCAUCAGAAAUACUACAUGAGAUGAAGGAGGCGGAUAAUACACAGGGUUCUGAGUUUGAGACUGUAAUACAGUAUAUGGUAGAGGCACUGUGCCAGCUAGGAGAGGCUGAUACAGUACAGGGACUGUAUACCUGGUGUAAGGACGUCAUUGGGAGAAAAAUCACAUGGAUUAAAGCUGCUAUCGAGAAGGCAUAUGGAAGGUAUGAAGUAGCAGCGAAGGAGUACAGAUCUGUAGUGAAGGUGUUGUUACAGUCAGAGGAAGAGGAGAUGCACCAUGAUGGAGAGACAAAAUCGGGAAAGAUCACCAGCAUCCUCAGUAAACCUGGAGGAAGUGACCCUACUUCAGGGCCUUCACUGGCACUAUCAACCAAGAUCAACAUGUUUGUGAAUGAGAUAAUGGAUUGUUACAUUCAGCUGAAUGACUGGGAGUCAGCCCUGGAAUGGCAGGAAGCAUAUAGUAAAUUACGAUCAGAGAGCACACAUAAUCUCUCACAGCCAUCAUACAGAGUGGACAUGUGUUUGAUCAAAGCAAUGUCAGCAUAUGACCUUGAGUCAGUGAAGGAAGUUGGUGAACACCUAGAUUUGAUCCCCGGUAUGGCAGACCUAUCUCACUGGGGACUGCAGGAACGGGAACAUAGAGCACAGAGCAAACUCAUGCAAGCCGCAGCAACUGUCCAAGAACACAACAUCAACAAUCACAAGAGUGAGAUUGUGAAACAUUUACAAGAUACUAUGGAUGUAUGUAAGUCUGUACUGAAGAUACAGGGUAUGGACUGGCCUAUACUGGCAUCCUCGUGUGUCAUUGAGCUCCUCACAGCAGCUUCUACAGUAAAAACACACAUUGAUCAGGGGACUGGAAAGGUUCCUGUUUUACCAUUGAGUGAGAGAUUGUCAUUGGAUGAGUCGGAUCACAGUGUCUGUAUGUUCUUGCAAGCCAUCCGUGCUGUAAAACUACAGAACUUUGUUGCUGAUUACAGUAAUACAGAGUUGAGUGACCAGUUGUGCAAGCUUCAGUUAGCAACAGCAUCUCUGGCCAGGAAACAGCACAACUAUAAUCUAGCAGAGAGACUUCUGUUAGACCAAGCGGGUACCCUGCUCCACGGCCAGUCAGACGAUGACUCAGAACUAGAUACACUUCAGACAGCUCUCAAACAGCUUCAUGGUGUUCCUUCAUUGAAGAAAUUGGACAUUUUGAGAAUUGAACGGGAGUCAGCAAAACUUUUACACAGUGUUGGAGAUCACUGGGAAUCUGUGAAUAUUUUGUCAAAGAGCGUUGUGAGUCAUGUGUGUUCGGAUAAAGCUCGUACGGCUCUGUGUAGCGAGCUGUGUUCUCGCUCGCUGCUCACACUUGUCAAGUGGUUGCAGGUUGAUUAUAAACUCUUGUCGAGUCUUGCUUCAAAGGUUGGUCAGGGUGAUGGGAAGAACUCUGUCUCACAGAAUAUUGAGAAUUUGCUGGAUUUAGAGGAGAAAACUGCACAACGUAAUCAUAACACCAUUAUAAAUGGUGCCAUUUCAGAUUUGAAGAUAGGAGACAACCCAAUUCUCACUGAUACAGAUCGUAUAAUUGGGAGAUUACUACAUCUGAGUACUGUACAGUGUGAGACACUCCCGAAAUCCUGGUACGCUCUGGCGGGAUGGUGCUACAAGUGGGGACGUAAGGCAGUAGACAAUGCCAGUCAUGGUACAGUCCAGCUAUUUGCUGAUGAACAAGCUCAGAUAGUUUCACUUCUUCCACAGACUAUAAGUGUAGAAGAGAGGGAAGCAGUGCUGAAUAUACUUGGUCAGAUACACUCUGGUAUGACAAGUGAAGAGGACAUCAGUGAUCAAGAUCAGAGCCAGUAUGAUGAUGGCACAGAGACAACACGUCGUCAGUUGUUGGCCUGCAGUACAACGCUGCAGAUGGCAGGUGAGAACACUGUUGACAGUUUGUUAGAGGUAUGGAGGGGAGUUGUGUACAGAAUAUAUCACUACUACCAGCUGUCUGCCAGUGCUUACUUCAGAUUUUUGAAGUUAAAUGGAGGGAAUGAUCCUUUGAAGGAAGACAAUACUGAAGACUGUAAUGUUAUAAGUACGCUGCGUGUUCUCAGACUGCUGGUGAAACAUGCCUGGGAGUUGCGCAGUGUCCUAGAAGAUGGACUUGCAGCUACGCCCACAGCUCCUUGGAAGGGAAUAAUACCUCAGUUGUUCUCUAGGCUCAGUCACCCUGAGGCGUAUGUGAGACAGAGUAUUUCUGAUCUGUUGUGUAGAGUAGCGGAAGAUGCUCCACAUCUGAUUGUCUAUCCGGCUGUAGUGGGAAGUUCCACUACUAAACUGGACACCAAGUCAGAAACUGGAUUACUGAACAACUAUCUGAAUGAGGGAGGAGAGGGAGAUGGAGAAAUAGACAACACGGAAGAUGUUGGAUCACAGGACGAUGAUGAUUUACCUGCAGAACUAGAGGCCGAGUCAAUGUUGCACAACUGUAUACUCUCCAUGUUGAACACAUUGGCUGCAAACUUUCCACAAAUGAUAUCAGAUGUGAAGCAGCUGAUAGAAGAGCUGCGACGUAUCACGUUACUUUGGGAUGAACUUUGGUUAGGCACGUUGAACCAGCAGCAUCAGGACGUAGAGAGACGUAUCUCACAACUGGAGAAUGAAAUCAAGAAAGUGGAGAAAAACUCCGCUCUCAGCAAGGAGGAGAAAACAGCCAUUAUCAGAGAGAAACAUAAAACAGUCCUUAAACCAACUGUGUACAUGAUGGAGAGGCUAAACGAGAUCACAUGCCAGUCAACAGCCACACCACAUGAGAAAUGGUUCCAGGAAACAUAUGGUGUACUGAUCAGUAAUGCGCUAGAGAAACUGAAGAAUCCACCAAAUCCUAGCCACCCACGGGCAAGCUGGCACCCAUUUAAACAGAUUCAUGUAAGCCUACAGAAUAAAGCUCAGAAAAGAAGCAGCCUUGUGCUUACUAUGGAUGAUAUCAGUCCAAAACUCCACUCCUUACGUAAUACCGUGAUAGCUAUGCCGGGGCUCGGUACUGCAGGACAGAUUGUAACCAUAGAGUCUGUGUCCAACACAGUCCAAAUACUACCCACCAAAACAAAACCCAAGAAACUUGUUUUCAAGGGCUCUGAUGGGAAAAGAUAUCCCUAUCUGUUCAAAGGACUUGAAGAUUUACAUCUAGAUGAAAGGAUAAUGCAGUUUCUGAACAUUGUCAACAAUAUGUUUGCUUCAGCUAACAAGGGUAGUCAUGAACUGUACAGAGCUCGGCACUACUCGGUAACCCCUCUGGGUCCGAGAUCAGGCUUAAUUCAGUGGGUAGAUGGGGUAACGCCUCUGUUUGCUUUGUACAAGCGAUGGCAGCAGAGAGAAGCCUUGAUGCAGAUGUUGAAACAGCAGGCUGCCUCAGGUUCGAGCUCCACAGCACAACAACCAUCAAUACCUAGACCCAGUGAAGUCUACUACAAUAAACUGACACCUCAGUUAAAGGAAAAGGGAAUAAAGGACCUGGAUAACAGAAAAGACUGGCCCCUCUCAGUGCAGCGUAAGGUUCUCGAGGAACUCAUGUCCGAGACUCCACGAGACCUAUUGGCCAAGGAACUAUGGUGUACCAGUACAGGACCCAAUGAAUGGUGGUAUGUUACACAGACAUAUGCACGGUCCACUGCUGUGAUGUCUAUGAUAGGAUAUAUCAUAGGUCUAGGAGAUAGACAUCUGGAUAAUGUGCUGGUAGAUCUUGCCACUGGAGAGGUUGUCCAUAUUGACUACAAUGUGUGCUUUGAGAAGGGUAAAGGUUUGAGGGUACCAGAGAGAGUUCCUUUCAGACUCACACAGAAUAUAGAAGCAGCCUUGGGUAUCACCGGUAUUGAGGGGACUUUCCGUUUGGCAAGUGAACAUGUAAUGAAGACCCUUCGUAAGGGUCGUGAGACCUUACUGACCCUUCUUGAGGCAUUUGUGUAUGAUCCACUCGUUGAUUGGACAACUGGUAAUGAAGGGGGCUAUACUGGGGCAUUCUAUGGCGGGGGCCUCGCUACAGGCACUAAUGCGAUGGAAAGUCGACAAGGAAAGUUAGACAUGGAAAAGGAGAUCACUACGAGUAUGUUCUCCAUCAGAGUAGCAGAAAUGAAGGUGUCAUGGCUAAAAAACAGAGAUGAGAUGGUGACAGUGUUACCAAGGAUACAGACACACUUGGAUGAUCGUACACAGAGGAUUACAGAUUACACAGAGUGUAUGCAGGAAGAGGAGAAAUUACAAGGACUGAAGCAGGUUGUCAUAGAAGCUCUGUCUAACAGCAACAGCCCAAUCUUCACACUUCAUGAUAGGUACAAAGAGUAUGUUGUUAUCAAGAACACUCGGGAUGCUGUCAGCAAACUUGUUGAGGAAAAAAUAACUGACUGUCUUAAUUGGCAACAAAUGCACAAGCAUGUGAUGAUGAAGAUCCAGGGUUCAUCUUUCCAGAAAAUGUGUGCAGACAUUGCUUCCUCCCUGAACCUUGGAACACCAAGCUUUGCUACAGCCAAAGAAUUUCUGCAGGGAGCUGGACAAGGCUCCAUUGUAUCACAGUGUGAACAAGUGGAGAGUGAACUGACAUCAAAUCUUCAGAUUCAGCGAAAUAACCUGCACAGAGUUAUUGAUGUAUUACACACAUAUGGAACAAUUGUUUCUCAGUUUGGUGCCAGUUUUGCAGACAACACAAGAACAAGCAAUUAUCUACACUGGCUGAAGGAACUUUCUUUGGAUUUUACUGACAAUAAGUGUGCAGAAAUUGUCCAUCAUUUCCAUGACAUGUAUGGAGACUCAGUGGUGCCCCAGUCUAAGAUACAGCUGGUGCUGGCCACAGAACUUAAGCUGCAGAAUAUAAUACAGGAUGCUAACACCAGGCUUAUCAAGUUGUUGGAGCGUAGAAGUCUGGAGAAGGUAGAGGUGAGAUUGUUAGAUCUGCAAGUACAAGAAAGUAAAGCUGCCAUUGAUACAUUUGUUAAAGAGAAUGGAGAGUGUGGUGAAAGCAGUUUGACUGCAGUAAUUGUGACAGCCCUGUGUGCCCUGAAUAAACGUAACAUACAGAUGGAGGCGGCUGCUACAGGUGUUGGAGAUCGGUUGAUGGAUUUGACAUCUCGAGAUGGUGACUGGUUCCUGGAGGAAUUGUGUAGUAUGAGUGGAAAUGUUUCACAGUUCCUUGACAUGAUCAAAACAAAUCAACAGGUUGGUGAGGAUGCUUUACAGUUCUCUGUGUUGUACAAGGGAAUGCUGUCCACACACAAUGUCUACACUGCACUCCAGGACCUGAAUGUGAAUUUCCGGACAAUCAUUCUGCCAGAAGCCCUGAAGAUAAUUCAGAGCCAGGAACCGUCAGUGUUCAGUAUUCUGUCUCAGCUGGAAACCAUCCUGUCGGAGACCGGUUACCCUCUAGAUACAAUCAUCUCUCAACUGGAAAUGCUUCAUAGAAAUGCUGUUAUGGGUAUCAAGACUGAAAACAGUGAGUUGGUGACAAGUAUACAGGGUAUUAAACAGAACUUCCUUCAACUGUUAGAGGGUGGUGGCCCUGGGGACCUCACCCCAGGUCAGAUGCUACUGAUGGGGUUUAACGGUCUGUUUACACGCCUCGAUGAUGAGUUCACAACUCUGCUGGAAUGUAUGGAUAUGAUUACAGUACCUGACAUCUGGAAGAAGGUUGAUGUUAUUAGAGAGGCAAAAUCUUUACAGCUGUCAUCAUUUACUGUGGACACAAGAAGUCUUUUGUCGAGCUUGUUUUUCAUCCGUAGACUUCAGGUAAUGCAGGAGUUUUUCCACAUGUGUACACAGUUUGCUGCUGCGAUACAAGGGCUAGAGGGAGGUAACUGCUACGAUGAUGAACAACUCACUAGACCUGUCAAACGAUUCAUUGCUGACUAUGUCAGAAAGCAGAUAAUUGGUUUCCCGUCACAAGUUCUUGGAUAUAUUCUGUGUAUGACAAUACACACGAUGGGUCUGGACGUCACAGCAGAGGUGGAGCUUAAAGAUAUAGGGGCGGAGUCAAAGGCACCACUUGAGGAGAUAUGUAAGAAGGCAGUGGACUUGUGUUUGAGGAAUGGUCAGUUCCAGCAGAUGCAUUUUACUCAGGCCAGCACACUGACUAGUGGUCAAGAUGCUUCCUGGAGGAGACAUGACCUCACAAGGAGGUUGGAUUCCAACAUAGAUCUAUUGAAGGGCAGUUUACAGCGGGCCCAGCUUCAUGUUACAAGGUUGCACUGGCUUCAUGAGGAUUUAUUUAUACAAGCUGGAGGACAGCCAAACCACAUGAUGGUAGCUAACAGGGCAUCAAUCAUGUCGGAAAUAAAGAAGUGUAUGCAGGCACUAGUGAGCCAGGAGUCAAGCCUUGUAUCAUGUCAGAGCCAGUACACACAGCUAGAGUCCAGUAUUACCCAGAGACUCAAGUGGGCAGCCGGGGCCAAUCCAUCUUUGAAUCUUAUACUGCAGCAAUUUGAGGAGGCCGGUAUGAUCAGAAAACAACUGGCAGAGGAGGAAUCGAAGCAUUCUCAAGAGGUGAUCAACUUGUGUCAGGGAAUACUCCACCUUGAAGCGCUACGUACACGCACACCAGAGGCAAUGGCUUCAGAUACUAACUUCCUCUCUCUUAUCAAUAAAUGUAACGAGAGCUGUAUGAUAGUAUCAUCCUCUAGUUGUUCUGUCACUGAGGCCGAGGCCCAACUCAUGGAAAUAAAGCCUCUGGAAGAAGGUCAGAGAACAGACACAGCGUGGCUGAAAUCUGCACAGAAGGAACUGAAAGUUCAGUUGCAAGACAUGGAUAAGAAAAUCAUGGCUCUGAAGACAAAUAUUGAUGAAGCCAAGGAUGGUAUAAAAAGCGAAGUGAAUAACAUCAAGACAUUGCUGACUACUCACCAUAAACUGAUGUCAGAUAUCCGCGCUAUUCUAAAAUCUCUAGCCAAGCAAGAAGAACAGGAAUAUGGAGAACAUGUAAAUGAGAAUGGAAUCCGAGAUUAUCUUAAUCUUUACAAGAAGUUCUCAGAGAAUCUCACCAUGGCCCUCAAGAUGAUUGUCAGUGAUGAUUUUACAGACGAGAGUAUGGAAGAAACAAAGUCUCUCAUUGAUGCUUUACAAAUACAGAUUCCUCAAAUCUAUGAAGAUCUAAUAGCAUUAGCACCACCUCUCAUCAGUAACAGGGAUGAAUCCAGGAACACAAGUCCUCUCAGUUUUGCUACAGCUGUGAAAAAGCCAAUGAGUGCUGAAGACACACAGGUACGCCGUCCAUCUGUACUAUGCAAAGAGCAUGUAUCUGGUACCCCACCCACCGGUAGUCCACAGAUCACAGGGAUAACUAACAAGUCGACUGUAUCCACUCCUGUGAGAAAAUCUGAAAAGAUAACACGAGAUCCAAAAACAGGAAAAGCUAUACAGGAGCGGAACAGUUACGCUGUUGGUGUGUGGAGGCGAGUCAAGAUGAAGCUAGAUGGUAGAGACCCAGAUCAGAACAAGCGUCUGUCUGUUGCUGAACAGGUUGACUACGUUAUAAAAGAUGCAACAAGCCUCGACAACCUAGCCGUGCUCUACGAGGGCUGGACACCAUGGGUGUGAAGUCAGCAUGCCGUAAUAACAUGGGCUUAAAUCUAUAACACACGGUACCCGUGAAGGGGUCACAUGUCCUCUACGACGUGGUGCUGCAGUACACAAGGUCACUGUAGAACGAGGAAAAAAAUACCAUCAUAGCUAUGUAACUACUCUCGGGCCCGGCCAGAGGGCCUUUAUAUGGGAGUGUAGCUGAUGGUUCGGAGAACAUUUAUAGAGAACAAUCCACUGUGUUUUUGUACAGACGGAUUUCAAGCGGCAAGUUCUCUGAUUGGCAUAUUUGUUGUAGAAUAUAUAAAUUGCACAUCUUGUGAAUACAAUUUCUGUUUCAUAAGUUAAGCAACCUCUUUAUAUGUCUAAAACCCUGGCUUUGAUUAUGUAACUUUUGCAUUAAUUUUCCUUUUGUUAUAAAAGAACUCCUCUGUAAUUUCAAAACAGAUUUACUUCCUCAAGUGUAUUAUAUUCCCCAUUGCAUUUAUAGCUUACUUGUUUUAAGAAACUUGUCUAAACUGGUACAUUAGCAACUUUUGUAGUUUCCAAAACUUAAGCAAACCCUUUGUUUGACUAGAACUCUUCAGUUCAGUAACUCCUUUUGACAAAAGCAUUUUUAAAGAGUUUUCCAAAUGGGAGCUAUUCCUUUUUAGCUCAUCUGAUUUUUUGAAAAAAAAUGAUGAGUUAUUGUCAUCACUUGAGCGGUUGUCGGCGUCGGCGUCGGCGUCUGCGUCGGCGUUGCCUGGUUAAGUUUUAUGUUUAGGUCAGCUUUUCUCCUAAACUAUCAAAGCUAUUGCUUUGAAACUUGGAAGACUUGUUCACCAUCAUAAGAUGACCCUGUAUAGCAAGAAACAUAACUCCAUCUUACUUUUUGCAAGAUUUAUGGCCCCUUUUGUACUUAGAAAAUAUCAGAUUUCUUGGUUAAGUUUUAUGUUUAGGUCAACUUUUCUCCUAAACUAUCAAAGCUAUUGCUUUGAAACUUGGAAUACUUGUUCACCAUCAUAAGCAGACCCUGUACAGAAAGAAACAUAACUCCAUCUUGCUUUUUGCAAGAAUUAUUGCCCCUUUUGGACUUAGAAAAUCAGUUUUCUUGGUUAAGUUUUAUGUUUAGGUCAGCUUUUAUCCUAAACUAUCAAAGCUAUUGCUUUAAAACUUGCAACACUUGUCCACCAUCAUAAGCUGACCCUGUACAGCAAGAAACAUAACUCCAUCUUGCUUUUUGCAAGAUUUAUGGCCCCUUUUGGACUUAGAAAAUAUCAGAUUUCUUGGUUAAGUUUUAUGUUUAGGUCAACUUUUUCUCUUAAACUAUCAAAGCUAUUGCUUUGAAACUUGCAACACUUGUUCACCAUCAUAAGCUGACCCUGUACAGCAAGCAACAUAACUCCAUCCUGCUUUUUGCAAUAAUUAUUGCCCCUUUUGGACUUAGAAAAUCAUUUUCUUGGUUGAGUAUUAUGUUUAAGGCAACUUUUCUCAUAAACUAUCAAAGCUAUUGCUUUAAAACUUGCAACAGUUUUUCACAAUCAUAAGAGGACACUGUACAUCAAGAAACAUAACUCUAUCCUGCUUUUUGCAAGAAUGAUGGCCCUUUUUAGACUUAGAAAAUCAUGGGUAGGACAAUAUUUCUAUUAUACAAAAAAAAUCAGAUGAGCGUCAGCACCCGCAAGGCGGUGCUCUUGUUUAGCUCACCUGUCACAAAGUGACAAGGUGAGCUUUUGUGAUUGCGCGGUGUCCGUCGUCCGUCCAUAAACUUUUGCUUGUGACCACUCUAGGGGUCACAUUUUUUGUAGGAUCUUUAUGAAAGUUGGUCAGAAUGUUCAUCUUGGUGAUAUCUAGGUCAAGUUCGAAACUGGGUCACAUGCCAUCAAAAACUAGGUCAGUAGGUCUAAAAUUAAAAAAACCUUGUGACCUCUCUAGAGGCCAUAUAUUUCACAAGAUCUUCAUUAAAAUUGGUCAGAAUGUUCACCUUGAUGAUAUCUAGGUCAAGUUUGAAACUGGGUCACGUGCCGUCAAAAACUAGGUCAGUAGGUCUAAAAAUAGAAAAACCUUGUGACCUCUCUGGAGGCCAUAUAUUUCACAAGAUCUUCAUGAAAAUUGGUGAGAACGUUCAUCUUGAUGAUAUCUAGGUCAAGUUCGAAACUGGGUCACGUGCCCUCAAAAACUAGGUCAGUAGGUCAAAUAAUAGAAAAACCUUGUGACCUCUCUAAAGGCCAUAUUUUUCAUGGGAUCUGUAUGAAAGUUGGUCUGAAUGUUCAUCUUGAUGAUAUCUAGGUCAAGUUCGAAACUGGGUCACGUGCGGUCAAAAACUAGGUCAGUAGGUCAUAUAAUUGAAAAACCUUGUGACCUCUCUAAAGGCCAUUUUUUUCGUGGGAUCUGUAUGAAAUUUGGUCAGAAUGUUCAUCUUGAUGAUAUCUAGGUCAUGUUCGAAACAGGGUCAUGUGCAGUCAAAAACUAGGUCAGUAGGUCUAAAAAUAGAAAAACCUUGUUACCUCUCUAGAGAACAGACUUGUGAAUGGAUCUCCAUAAAAUUUGGUCAGAAUGUUCAUCUUGAUGAUAUCUAGGUCAAAUUCGAAAGUGGGUCACAUGCCUUCAAAAAUUAGGUCAGUAGGUCAAAUAAUGAAAAAACGUUGUGACCUCUCUAGAGGCCAUAUUUUUCAUGGGAUCUGUAUGAAAGUUGGUCUGAAUGUUUAUCUUGAUGAUAUAUAGGUCAAGUUUGAAACUGGGUAAACUGCGAUCAAAAACUAGGUCAGUAGGUCUUGAAAUAGAAAAACCUUGUGACCUCUCUAGAGGCCAUACCCUUGAAUGGAUCUUCAUGAAAAUUGGUCAGAAUGUUCACCUUGAUGAUAUCUAGGUCAGUUUAGAAACUGGGUCUCGUGUAAAAAAAAACUAGGUCAGUAGGUCAAAUAAUAAAAAAACCUUGUGACCUCUCUAGAGGCCAUAUUUUUCAUGAGGUCUUCAUGAAAAUUAGUGAGAAUGUUCACCUUGAUGAUAUCUAGGUAAAUUUCAAAACAGGGUCACAUACCUUCGAAAACUAGGUCAAUAGGUCAAAUAAUAGAAAAACCUUGUGACCUCUCUAGAGACCAUAUUUUUCAAUGGAUCUUCAUGAAAAUUGGACAGAAUUUUUAUCUUGAUAAUAUCUAGGUCAAGUUCAAAACUGGGUCACAUGAGCUCAAAAACUAGGUCACUAUGUCAAAUAGUAGAAAAAACGAUGUCAUACUCAAAACUGGGUCAUGUGGGAAGAGGUGAGCAAUUCAGGACCAUCAUGGUCCUCUUGUUUAACUAGACCUCUUAAUUAAUUUCAUAACUUCCGAGUAACUCAUUUGUUUUACUAAAAUUCUGUUGUAGAUUUCAGAACUCAAGUAAUGCUUUCUUUGAAUAGAACUUUUAGAAAUUCCCCAAUUAAAGUAACUUGUUUAUUUGUCUAGAACUCUUCUAUGGUUUUCAUAAAUAAAGUAACUCCCUCUUUGUCUAGAACACUCCGUUAGUUUCAUAAAUGAACAAACUUCUUUAUAUGUCGAGUUAUAGAUCUUUGAUGUUAUAUAUUAAUGUUCCCAUUUACAUGUAGAGGAUAAACAUUUUCAAAUAUUGAACAGAAUACCAUUUAUAUGAGGAUGCUUUAUUAUAAAUAUUUACAAAAUUCAAAAGAUUUUUCGUUACCUUUUCUCGCAUUGGAUAUUGAAAUUUGUCAUAUUCUAUGAAUACAUGUAAUUUGAUACCUGCUUUAUUUUUAUGAAACAUUUCUGUUCCAAAACAUGCCUUCCCAUACAUGAAAUCAUUUUAGUUACAAUCCUUAUCAGUACAAUGUAUUUUUUAAAUCUGUAAAAUUCUGUUAAUGGGUAUGGUAAGAGAUGUAUCAGAUAAAAAAAAAUCUUGUUAUAAUUUGCUGUAUAAACACUGUAAAAAUUUUAGUUUCUUCAGAAUGGCAGGAAUUAGCAAUCUUAUUGUCAAAUGCUACAUAAAAUCUAAAGUUUUUCUCAGAAAUAGAUGAAAAGAUGUUGCUUAGUUUGUGUGCUGUGCAUUUUAUCAUGGUUUAUAAAGCCUUAUCCUACAACAGUUGUGCAAAUCAGAGAUGGUAUGAAAGGAAAAAGUUUUACUCUUUGUUUGAAUGUUUCGUUAUUCAAACAUUUUGAAGUUUGUCACUGUGGAAAAAAGUUCGGAAGUCUUUUUUUGACAAUAAAACUACAUGUGUAAUACUUAUGUGUAAGUACUUAUGUGGACCAGCAUAUAGGCUGUGUUGAACAUAGAAUUGUGUGUACAUAGUGUUUAUUUUCUUUAUUUCUUUAUAAUAUUCAUUUAUGUUUUAGUAUAGGGAAGAAAAAAAAAGAAAAAAAGUAUGAUUUUGUUUUAUGAUAUAUUGAAUAUGUAUUUUGAGAUGUGUCACCACAUGUCGUGUAUAUGACAUAUGCAUCAGAGUUGUCUGUUAUAUGUGUACACUUAACAAUACAUGUCAUAUUAGAAGAGUUGAAGUAUAAAUCACUGAUGUACCAUUUCAUUGAUAAAGAAAUAUAAACAAUUAGUUGUAGGGUUUUUUCAUGGUCAUCUAGUGUUGUUUUUUUUUUUAUGGUUUCGAAGGAAGAGGCAUUUGGUCAGAGCUCUUUAUUUUUUUUUAAUGUAAGGUAAAAUCUACCCACAGUUGGGAGUGUGUUAGUUUUUGAAAGAAAGUUAUUCCUGUUUUGUAUUGAAAUAACACUUAUAUUUGACCAUAAAAUACCAUAUACAAUUCUAUUUUUUCUGAGACAUUGGCUAACGUAAGAAGGAGAAGACAGAGUUGUGAAGAAGUUCUUUGUUGCCAAUGUAGAAAAACCCCUUACUAAAUUGUUCUGUGUAUAUUUACAUGUGACACUGAUAAAAUAUUCAUACUCAUCUUUGAAGGACAUAUAAACACUGUCAUGGCUCCAUUAAUUAUUGAAAGGGAUAAAAGGGUUUGGAAUUAAAAUGUUCAGACCACUGACAGCUGUGUAUUUUAUACCCCCUAUCUCUAAUGUAAGAACUCAUUUUCAGGUCAUUAGAUGUAGACAUUGUCACUGUCAUCUACAUUUUGAAGUGAUCCAUUACUUACUCAUUAGAAAUCGUCAUUUCAUUUUGUUGGAAAUUUUCAGAGAUGUGUUGCAAAAAUUGAACAUUUUACAACUUACUGUUUUUCAAUUUCUGAGUAUUUUUGUCAGUGUGUGAAAUGAUAUAAGAAAUAAUAUUAAGUUUUAUAAACAUUUUAAUAACUUGUGUGUGCACACUUUUGUCAUGUCAAAGAAGGAAUGUUAUACAUUGCAUAGCCUGUCUUUUUAUCAGCUAAAAUUAAGAAAUACAUGUAUUUGCAUUAAUACAGAUUGUGUGAAUUUCAUGAUUUAUUAUUCAUAUGUUAAAUGCAUUUGUCUCCUGGUUUUAAUUGUUUUGCAGUGGCUGUAUUUUUCAGAUAUUAUUUUUGAUAAUUAUUACUUAAUAUUAUUUUGACUUUUUAAAUCUAACUUUGAAAUGUUGUAGAUGAAACUAACCUUGAGAUUUGGUCAAUUAUUUUCACAUUUCAUUUUAAUGUUCUAUGUUUUUUCAGUGAUGCUAUUUGUAUAUUUUUGAACUUUUUAUUUCUUUCCUUAUGAGAAUGGUAAUGUUCUGUUCAAUAAACAAUACACUUUAUUUGAAAUUAACAGGUCACAAAAGUUGAAACGUAGAGACGACAGUUUUCAGUUAACUGAAAGAGUAGUUUGUGUUCAAAUAUAUUCCAUGUAAAAAAAAUUAUAUGAAAAAAAAAAAAAAAAAAAAAAAAUACCUUAUAAUUUUAGGUGCUUGUUUAACACCCAUCGUGAGCAUAAUGAGAAGGUUAUUGGUGUUGGCACCAUACAUAUAUUUUAAUGUGUUGACAAAACAUAUAUAUAUCUUCAGUGAAUUACACAUGUUACCUUAUACCAUAUGUUGGCUGCGGAAUCUACAAAUUUUGAGAUUCUACAUAAUGUAUAUAAAUUACUAAUAUUAGUGUUUGGCAAAAUAUGUAUACAUCUUGUAUGAAGUUCACAUAUGUAUUAAUUGUGAAUGGAAUGCACACAGUUCAAGAUACCAAACAGUGUAUCAUGUGUAUUAAUAAUUGAUACGAUGGAGAAUUCUGGACAUUUAUAUUGUAUGUUCAAAGUGAACACAUGUUAAUGCAUUCUGGAUAUUUAGUGCAGCCAGCUAUUCCUUUAGUUUUUGUUAUUAAGGCAAAUGUAAGUACAUAUAUGUUGUAUACAGUCUUGGUUUGAAUAAAAAGGGUGUUAAGAAAA